GCUGCUGAUCUUCUUGUGCAGAAAGAGAAGCUGUAUCGAAAUGCCUGAGCCAGCCAAGUCCGCUCCCGCGCCCAAGAAGGGCUCCAAGAAAGCGGUGACCAAAACCCAGAAGAAGGGAGACAAGAAGCGCAAGAAGAGCCGCAAGGAGAGCUACUCCAUCUACGUGUACAAGGUGCUGAAGCAGGUGCACCCCGACACGGGCAUCUCCUCCAAGGCCAUGGGCAUCAUGAACUCCUUCGUCAAUGACAUCUUCGAGCGCAUUGCCGGCGAGGCCUCUCGCCUGGCGCACUACAACAAGCGCUCCACCAUCACCUCGCGGGAGAUCCAGACGGCCGUGCGGCUGCUGCUGCCUGGUGAGCUGGCCAAGCACGCCGUGUCCGAGGGCACCAAGGCUGUCACCAAGUACACCAGCUCCAAGUAGAGUGUCUCUGACCAUCAGUUAUAACCCAAAGGCUCUUUUAAGAGCCACCCACAUACUCCUUAAAAGAGCUUUAAACGCUAGUUUU